CACACAACUCAGCGAGCUGAAACCUUUGUCAUGGCUGGGACGUAGGUCACUGUGAACACAUGAAGUUCUUUACAACAAUUUACGCCAUCAAGAACACACUGCAAGUUUAAGACCUGAGAACAGAUACCGUGGAUUUGGUGGACGUGUACGCCCCCCACCGCCUUCCCCACCGCUUUAUCAGAUGGCAAUGGUACGACAUAGCCCAGCUACCCAGGCCACAUCUCGGCCCUCAUGGUCGUCAGCCACACCCACAUCGUCCUCACCACCAGACAUGGAUGAGACAAUCAGUCAUUCAGGAUCUGCAAACCUUCAUGGUGCAAUAGGUGAGCAUAGACGGACAAGCCGCUCAUCCUCAGUCUCCUCCGGGGGCUCCAGCACCAACAGCGCUGAUGGGACAGAGUCCACCCGCCAGCAGACCCAGAGCAGGCUGUCUCUCACCCUACAGUCUCACUCCUCAGUGCCCGACUCACUUGACCACUCAUCUUCACUCAUCAUACAACCACCGGUCACUCUUAAUGGACCUCACCUGGAUAAAAAGGAACUUCCAGAAUCAAAACAGUCUCUUCAGAUUGAGCUAGAACGAAAGAUGGCCGCACUUUCAUCUGGUGAUUUUACAAGCUCGCUAAAGGAUGACUCUGGGCCAUUUGGCUUGUUUAUGGGAGGCCAGAAUGUUGGACAAGUUAGCCAGGAUAUUCACACCUUUCCAGAUCUUAAUGUUGCCAAGCAAGGACGGCCCAUCAUUGGCCCCAAUAACAUCAGCAGCUCAUUUUCUCCACAAGUCACAGAGCCAGAGGUGAGCCGGCUGUUCAACGACAGCUUCAACCCUGCCAUGCUGACUCAGAGCGUCCAGCAGGAACUGAACCACAUGGGUCUCCCCAACUUCUUUGACAACAUGACAUCCACCUCUGGUUCUGACUUAGGAUCUAUCGGAAACACCUCCCCUUUCGCUGGAGGCUUUGGAUUCCAGCCGUUCAUGAGCGACAGCAGCAGCUUGUUCAACACCGGCUUCUUCGGUGCUGGCCAAGGUCUGAACAGCAAGAGCAGCAGCUUCUUCUCACCACAGUCGCAGAGCGGGUUCAACAGCGCGCCUGGACAAGGUAGCUUUAGCGGCACCUCAACGAAUGCUUUUAGCGGCACCGCUGGGGUGCCCAGCUUCGGCAGUGUCUCGUCAUCCAGCAGCUUCUCCAGCGCACCAUCCCAGAGCGGGGGGUUCAGCGGAUCUUCUGGGUUCUACUCCCCGAACCGCCAGACCAACGACUACUUCUCUGCGCCAUCUGGAAGCUUCCAGCCGUUUGGUUCUCAAGAUUUUAGUCUACCGCCACCUGCGCAGCCUUGGAGAGGGAGCGGAGGAGGAACCGGAAGCGGGCCGUUUGCCAGCAAUCUUCCGGAGUCUGUUGCCAAGCAUGUCACGUGUGAGUGCUGUAACAAGCAGAAGAAAUGGCCACACACCCUGGAUUGCCUGCACAGCUUCUGCUUCUCCUGCAUUGCUUCGAGGUACAGCUCAGCCGACAAAACCAUAUCUUGUCCAAAGUGCCCUCGCAAAACCAUCGCCAAGGAUGGGCCUUGCAGCAUUCUCCUGGACUACCAAGGCGCCAGGUACAUGAGAGAGAAGCUCAAGACCUUCCCCUUCAGCUGCACUGGCUGCACAAGAGAUCAGGAGGCUGUGACCUGCUGCACAACUUGCAUGGCUUUUCUGUGCGCAGAGUGCAAGGAAGGUCACAAGACCAUACACCACUUCCAAGGCCACACCCUCACGCCUAUUACUAAAAUUGGCAAGUGCGUGGACGGGGACUACAAACCCCUGUGUGAGAAGCACGUCACUGAGCCCCUGAGCAAGUACUGCUGCACAUGCGAGCUGAUGAUGUGCGACAAGUGCGUGAGUGACCACCACCACCCCGAGUCCCCCAAGAACAGCCAUGACAUCCACGAGAUCUAUUACAUUGUUGUGGAGAGGCUCAAAACUUGGAACGAGGAUGCCAGCAUCAAGCACAAGGAUGUCGUCGAGAUGACCAAGAAGGUGCCUGUGAUACUCCAAGCCAUGGACAGCAAGAGGCGGGGCAUCCGCAAGCAGAUUGAGGACUACUCUGACUACUGCAAGACAGUUGUGGACCAGAAUCGGAUGGCUGCUCUAGAGAUGCUGGACAAGACCCACGCUGCGAUGGAGAGUCAUGUGAUCACAUGGGCUAAGAUCAUCUCCGGCAUUGAGCAAGAGCUGGAGGCUGUGUCAUCUUUCAACUCCAGAACACUUGAAGGAGGAUCUAUACUGGACCUGCUCAAGCUGCUCCCUACCAUGGAGAACGAGUACAAGAGAUGCGUUGCUGGUUAUGCUGACACAGUCAAGGACACAGAAGGCAUCAAGGUAGACAUCAAGUUUGAUCCCAACUACAAGGAGUCUCACACUGUGCUGAAUCAGAAUUUUAUGUCCAUUAGCUACACUGUCAACGACAUAGAGCAGAAGGUCUCCCCCACUCCUGGAUGCCAGAGAAAUGAGUUCAGCCGAGGACGUACAAUGUCCGACUUCAAUGUAGGCGUCUCAGAGAACCCGGACUGCAACUACCAGAGGUGGUCCGCUGCCCCAGAUUCCAUGUCUAUUUCCACCUGGAACAACGUCAGCGAGCGGGACAGGAAGAAUGGCACGUUCAUCCCUCACCUGAACCGCUGCCGCACAAAAACCUCCUACAUUCACAUGUUUGGUGAGUACGGCAGAUCAGAGUACGCGUUCACUGAACCAAGCGGUCAAGCUUACCUGAAAGAUGGAUCCUACGUCAUCUGCGACACCAACAACCACCGUAUUGUCUACUACAACAACAAGCAUGAGUUUGUACGCACCAUAGGCCAGCCUCCAAACUUGCCUCCAGUAGCUGAAGACUCGGAGAACCGAAAUAACGGACUCAGAAACAAGGGCUUCACCAGACAAGAAGGCUACCUGUACUUCCCUAACCGCGUUGCCAUUUGUCCAAUCACACAAAAUAUUAUCGCUACCGAGCGUCCUCCAAGCCAUGAUAUCCAGAUCUUCACAAUUGAAGGAGAGUUUGUCCGAUGUUUUGGCGGAAACAUCCUGCAACAUCCCAGAGGUGUUACCGUGGACGAAGACGGCACCAUCAUUGUCGUGGAAUGCAAAGUGAUGAAGUUGGUCAUGUUCUCCCAAGAUGGUAACUUUAUAGUCUCACAUUCCCUCACUAAGGAUCUAGAAUUUCCAAACGAUGUAGCAGCCAAAGAUGGUAAGAUCUUCAUCAGCGACAACCGCGGCCACUGCGUACAAGUCUUCAACUACGAUGCAGAGUUCCUGUACAAGAUUGGCAACGAGAGCAUCACUUACUUCCCGAUCGGAGUAUCCAUCAACUACCUAAACCAGGUAGUGGUCACCGACAACCACAACACAUUCAACAUCACCGUCUUUGAUAUAAGCGGGCAGGUUCUUAAUAUAUUUGAAUCUGUCAGCAAGCUAGCCCAAUGCCACAAUGUGGCCGUGCACCCUAGCAGUCUGGAGCUGAUGCUGACCACCAAGGAUUGCAGUGUCUACUUCUUCAACUACGACCCCAACGUUGCUCACCCGCUCACUCCACCCGCCAGCCGGCCGGGUCAUAUCCUCAACUCGAGAAGAAGCGGGCGCGGCAAUGGAAACGGCGGCUCAACCAGUUCAUCCUUUUAUUAACACCUUUCUCCCUGUUCGUUGACAUAGGUCUGAUUAGCUGUUUUUCUAUUUUUUUUGUUUUCUGUGGUUAGUUAAUGCAGUGUGGUUUCAUGAUGCUGUUUCACUCACUCACCCAUCCAGCACAGGACACCUCUUCUGUUUCUUGUUAACCUGUUAUAGCUAUGGACCAAUAAUACAACACCUCAAGUCCAGAGGAAAGCAUUUAAUGUGUCCUGAGGCCUGUUUUCUACAAAUAAUCCAAAGUGUUACACUGAAUUGUUUCCUUAUGAGCUGCAUAGAUUCAGUUUUUUCAUUUUCUUCAUAUAUACAUAUAUAUAUAUAUAUGUUGUGGGAAAACCUUUAAUUAUUUUUUUUCCAUAUUGUUACUUGUUGUAAUGAGAUGUCGUCAUAAACAGGUGAGAUCUUUUGUAAUGAAAUGUAUUGUUGGAGAACUAUUUUUUUCUUGUUUAUGUUAAAUGUAAAAAAUGUAAAUCGGUUGUGUUACAAAAAAUCUAAUUUGUUGAACGGUUACAAGAGACAACAGAAUGUUUUUUAAAACCUAUAAAUUUCAGGGUAGGAGGUGUUAAAUAAGUAUAGAGAAACAUGGAUUUGUUGAAAUAGUUUUUUUAUAAAUAGAAUCACUUUUGUUGAUAUUCUUAUACCUCAUUUUCAGUGAUAACUCCACAGGAAAUCAUCAUGAAUUUCUCUCCCUUGUUACAUCCAUCUUACCUUCCGUGAUAAACAUCUGACCGUGGUUGGUGAACUAAUUAACUACAUUAACCUAUACACAUUUUAUAAAAGUCUUAUAAUUUUUAAACAAAAAUUAAUAAUAUAAAAUGCCAAAAUGUUGUUUAAAAUCAUAAAACAUUAAUUUUUAUGUGUUAAAAAAAAAGAUCGACAAAAAUGUUUAUAUUGGGUAAUCCUUUAUUUUAAAAUUUAUAACCUACCUUGAUUUGCCACAAAUUUUUAAUUAGUUGUAAGUUCAGUGUUAUUAUUUUAUGAAAGCAAUUUUGCGCACUUCUUUUACAAUGCUUAUCAGAACCUACCAGGUCUUUUCCACAAAUUGAACUGUUGCUGCUUCAGGAUAUCAUUGAUCAAGUCUGAGUUGAUCUUUAUUUGUUCAGCUACAGUUGAUUUACUUUUCAUUCUCGCAGAGUAGAUAUCAAACAUUUUGUUGUAAAGAUUUUUUGUUUUUAUAAAGAUGAUUUCUUAUUUCAUUUUGGAAUAACAACACGGCGUAAAAAUGUACACGUUUAAGUUUUUUAAAAAUACUUAAAGAAUUUUUCUUGUAGAACACUAAUCUGUUUACUAACAAUUUUUUAUAUUUCUAGCUGAAUUUAACAAAACAGAUUUUUAACAAUAAUCCCAAAAGGUGCAACAGUUCAUUUGUUAAUAUCAAAUGUUAAAUCUUAUUUUUUGAGUUAAAUAUCUGUGUUAUUUGAUAUUGUGAAUUGAUAUAUUUUUAAGAGGCCAUUAGUUAUCUACUAACUCAUUGUUAUCACUUCAUGUAUGUUUGUAAGCUGGUCUAUCAUCUGUGCUUUGAUGGUAAAUGUUAACUUUCCCCUUACAACCUUUCACAGUACUUGAUGGAUCAGUAAUUAAAAUUAAGUGACUUGUAUAAUUCACUUCUUAAGUUUGGUAUGUUCUGCAUUUUCUUGUAAGAUGUCUAUGUACCAGUAUAGAGUGUUUUAGAUAUCAAUGUUUAAUUUAUUUUUUAUCUUUAGUCGGUUG